AUGCCCGGCCUGUACCCAGCCCUCUUAAAUAUUCUCCACAGGGCUGCAACAACCCGUCAACAAACCAAGUCAUCCCCACCAAAGAAGAAAUCUCCAUCAAUGGGAAGAAUCGAAAAAGCUGUUCAACUCGCUGUCUGUGGUGGACCGGAUCAUAUUUCUCCAGACAGAAAAGCCAUCCCGCACCGCCCAACUGAUGGCCUGGGCAGGGGUGCAAACCUGUGCCCACUUGGCUCAAGUAGGCUUACAGAGUCGGGUAAAUAUCGUAACAUCGUCAAGAAUCCGGCUCCCUCAGGAGAGGAUGGCCACGCUCAAGAGGCUGCUCCUUCUUCCUCUUCAUCUUUAGGAUUCAAGCAAACUGGGGCUCAGGGUCAUGCCUAUAUCCCCACUGAGCCGGCAAGUAUGCGGAAGCGCAUCUUGUCCCCGGGGCAGGGAGGGGCCAAGAGGGGGAGGUUACAUGAGAUGGACAGUAUUGUGCAGGCAGGAGUUCGCUCUUCAGAUGAAGAGACCUGGCAGGGUGAGCUGGGGAGUUGGAGUCCGCCCGAGACAAGUGCGGCGUAUUGGCCGGCGCCGGCGCCACCGCAGCAGCAGCAGCAUAUAAAGCGUCAUCGAAAGAGAACUACAAACAGACAAGACAACGUCUGGGACCAUGAGGCGGGCGGGGAUUAUCAAUCUUCCGAGAACUCUAAAGCGAAGAAAGCAGCGGCAAUCCCAUCCGCAGUUGGUGACAAAUUGCCUGGGCCGUGGAAUGGGACUGCGAUGAAAGAUCUCCUGAGGAGACUCGAUGUUGCAAAGAAGAUUGAGAUGAUUAGGGAUGAAAACGUUGCAUGGAAUAACGAGCACGCUAAUCAACCACGUCUUCUGAGCUUGAGAGGAAGCUACCUUAAAGAGGAGUUCUUGAUAUUUACUGAAAACUCGUUGAUCUGUGAGGUCUGCAUAAUGGAGAUGCCUCCUAUGGAGCGGGAGGCUCAUAUCAGACAGAAAAGUCAUAAGAGGAAAGUGGAGUGCACGAAGAAAGAGAGGGACUGGUUGGAGAAUUACUUUAGCAAUGAGGCUAUUGUGAUUGAUUGA